AAACAUUAGUCGUAUUCCGGCAUUUCUUACGGUCGGUCGAAUCAUCAUCUCUCGAGGUAGCGCUUUCACGUGACUUCACCGACGGGCGGCGUGCGGUACUUCGCUUUCGCGUAAAUCGGCACGGCACGGCAUUCCAGCAUUUCCAAGCAAACCAAAACAUCACGAAUCAUUCGGACGGAGAUUGGUGGGACGACUUGUCGUCGUCACUGGCAGGAUUCACCAGAGGCAGGAGGAGCGACAUUCGGUAAAUAAAUAAUUGCCAUCGUGUGGAUAAAGCAAACGUGCUGAAGAAGAAGACUAACGGAGAGGAGACUUUUGCUGCGAAAUAAGAAAGGAAAAAAAAAAUAAUAACACACCAUCGUGCACAGUGUUAAAGCGGGCCCCGUCCUCGUCGAGGAGAUCCGGUCCGGUUCUACUCGGUUUAGAGUUAAACGUGUUUUUCCUGUCCCCGAGGCAUCGCGAACUCCAUCCAAGUGUGUUUAUCCAAGUAUUCCGUGCCUGAUCCUGCCCUGCCCUGCUCUGCCUUCCACGGGUUCGUCGGCAAACAAACACAACAUUCGGACUGAUAACACGGACACGGCUAGGAUGGCCCUAGACCUGUUACGUCCGUAGCCUUCCUGGUGGAUGCCUGGUGGUGUCUAUGGCAAAACUUUCCAAGAGUCAUCCCAUCGGGUAACGGGACACCCUCUUGGGGUCGGGGGAUGGAAACGGGUGGCGGACAGUUGUUGAAAAGUUUUCAGAUGUUUUUAUAUCAUUAUACUCAAUAGAAGCAGAAGAAGAAGAAGAGCUGCAUCUGCAGUCAGCUUGUGGAAACAAUAGAUAGACAGAGCACAGGGACAAAGUUCCAGCCGAAGCCGAAGGUUCAUUACGGAAAUUCAACAGUUGGUUUAGCAGUGAUAAGCUUUCGGUGGUUCUGGUAGUGAAUCGAAUCGGAAAAGGGAGCAACCCCACGAGAGACGUCACAACCAAUCGCGAGUGCGGAGGCUGAUUUCUACCGGAAAAUGUUAAAUUGGCAUGUUCCGUCGAAUUGUUGCGUGGGAUGAGCGCGAUGAUUAUGUUUUGAAUUUUAACGGCCGGAAGUGAACCGGGGAGAAGAAACUCCUUUCCGUCUAGGUGGUGCUGAAAAUAGCGCGGAAAAGUUGUCGAGUUCCGAAAGUGUAUCAAGUGCGUAUAGUAUUGCAUUUUUCAGUUAUUUUCCCAGCCUGAGCCAGACGUGAUUUGGAAAUAUUUUUAUUGCCGGCAUCAGCUGAAAAAAAAAAAUAAACAGCAAAGCAGAAAAGAAGUAGAAGGAAAAAAAAUCCUCGAGUGAACGUGAAGAAAUUUCGCUCUCGUCGGUGUGAUUUUGGUUUCUGUUUUUUUUUGUGUAUGAGCGCGAUUUUCGAGUUUGAAAUAUACGAGUGCAGAAAUUGAAUGUGGUUGAAGUGGUGUAUUAAUUUUUAGUUUCCCCUCCCGCGUUACCACCGUUGGUUGCAUUUCGGGUGUUCCGCGAGCGCUAAUAUGCGGCGUUGAGUUUGCAGUUUGCCGCGAACGAACCGUGAACCGCCAAGUUACGAAAAACCGGUUUCGUCUUGCCGGAGUCAAAGUCGGCGUGCAGCAGAUCAAGUGAGGUGAAAGAAGGAAAAAAAAAAUAUAUACAUCUAUCGACUCGGCAACGGGCUCGAAACUCCGUUGGGCAUCUCGGACGGGAGGGUAGAGAAAAGUGAGUGAGUGCAGGCCCCGGUCAGUGCUGGUGAAGAAAAAUAAAAUAAAAUGCAAUAGCGUGAAGAAAAGGAUAGAAAAUAGCACGUUUCGCCGACGACGGAACGACCCCAACCAGUGAACAUAAAUCUCGUAGGUGAGCCAAGCAGCAGCAAGGCAACCGACCAGAGUCAGCCUUAGAGAGUGGAGUUGGCCUUUCUCUUCCUCGUUCAAGGCAGGCAGCAAACCAAUUCUUAUUUUUUUUGCAUACGACACCAGCCAAGUCGACGACGACGACGUGAAACCCGUACGUGAUUUCUGCCGAAGAUUGCCAACCAAUCAAUUUACCAAGGCUCAAUCUAAACUGAACUCGUUUCAUCGAGACGAAGGUAAACAAAUUAUUGACAAAAAGGGGGAUUUCGCCAGUCCUACGUCAAUACAAGUCUAAAGAAAAUACAACCCAAUAACCAAUCGUGACCAACAUGUAACCAAACUAGAUACUGCAGCUAGCUCGAGAUCGCAUAUAUUUCGGUGUCACGUCGUGCAGAUCUUCAUCGCAAAUUGUUAGCCAGAAAGCCGGCUAACAGAAGCACAAAUCCAAGGACACCAGCCACCUUGUGACUAACUUUGGACACACAGAUUGCGAUACAACCGACUCAAAACGAUAAUUAAAAUGAUCGACAAUGUCGCGAGAAACUGAGAUGACUAUAACUUCGAAAGGCAUGUGCUUACGAAAGCCUCAUCAAAGAACGGAAAACACUUUUACCCAGCAGUGCUCAAUUCAGGCCCACCGUGCGUUGAUGUAACUGCAGCCGUCGCGUGUCCUCGGUGUUUCCAUGAAUCUAGCCUUCAUGUCGUUGCACCGUUUUCUCUGCUAAAGCCGAGAACCCAGAUAUCAGCCAGCACAGCAAAAAUAUGAUUGUAAAGUGAACGAAAUCAUAGAUAGCCGCGUCGUUGGAAUUAGUUCCGAAUUGGCCGCUCCUUCGGCACUCCCAGAAGCGUCGAGUGCGGUUGCAUUAGAGUGACAACCAUAACAGCAGAAAUCGAAAACGACUCCCAAAAAUAGCAACACAAAACCCGAACAAAGCAAUGCCCCACAGAAUGUCCCCGAAGACACGUGUGGUGUUCAAGUUCAUCUUCGGUCUCGGCAUCUGGUCCUUUCUGGUACUGGGCUUCUUCAAACUGAACGGCGAUCCGGUGACGCAGCACCAGUUCCAGCAGACGCCGAUCAACGGGCGGCUGCUGCUCAACAAGGACAACCGGUGGACGGGGAACGAGGCGACUUCCACGACCACCGAUCGGUACGCGUCCCCCGUCGGCGCCGGGGUUGACGAGGUCCUGGUGGAUAAUCGAGCCGUCAUCGACGACGAACAGCUGGUACGGGACGUGGAAUCUCGCAUCCCCUCGCUGCCGAUUGCCUACUGGAGCAAGCACAAGAAUGCCGUCCAGAAGAAGGCCUCCUGCGCCAAGUAUCCGUCGAUCUUCGAGCUGGAGUUCAACAACAUCUACUGGCAGACGUUGCGCAGUUCGAACGGAACGUUCCAACUGUUCGGUGCCUACUACGAUAUCCGAAAACGUUCGCGGAUCGGACCGGCCGUGCGAAUCCUGGGCAUGAUCGAUCGGAUCGAACCGAAGGUGAAGACCUUCUGUCAGCUGUGGUUCGACGGUCAGAAGGAACCGUUCAUCGUGAAGACGUUCGAGUACAAGUACAUCUGGUUCAACAAGUGGGGUAACUACAAACAGGGCAUCUAUCAGCCAUAUCUGAUCGCUUGCCAGAUACCGAAACCGUUCCGCGGGUUGGUACCGGCUUCGGUGUCACUGGUGGAGAAACAGUGCGACACGGCGACCAACAACCUACGGGUUUUGUACAAUCGGCCCUUGGACGAUAAAAAGAAGGGAUUUGCCGUUUGUGUAAAAGGAUUAGACUUUUUGUAUGACGAUUUAUCGGUUCGAUUGGUUGAGUGGAUCGAACUUUUAGGAAUUUUAGGAGCAGAUAAGAUAUUUUUCUAUGAACUUCAGGUACAUCCGAAUAUAUCCAAAGUACUGCGGUACUACGAGGAACAGGAGCGAGUUCACGUGACUCCGCUGACGUUGCCUGGAGGGCAGCCGAAUGUCCCGGGUUUUCAACAUCUGUUCCUCUCGAAGAAAACCACACACAAGCGGCAGAAUGAGUUGAUUCCGUACAAUGACUGCCUGUACAAGAACAUGUACAAAUACGAGUUCAUUGCGUUACUCGAUAUCGACGAAGUGAUAAUGCCCAAACUGGAGGAAGAUCGAACGUGGCACGACCUGAUGCAGCGAGUCGUGGAGAAGGGCAUGAAGCUGAAAAAUGACACCUAUCCGAGUUAUAAUGUGCGAAAUGUGUACUUCUUUGAUCAGGACCAGCACGAUCACGACUGGAUCAAGGACACACCGCGCUACAUGCAUAUGCUGCAGCACGUGCAGCGAGCCAAAAACUACACCAAACCCAAUCAGUACGUCAAGUGCUUCCACAAUCCGGAACGGGUGCUAACGCUGCACAAUCACUUCCCGAUUGCCUGUUUGGGUGGGGCUUGCCAUUCCUAUCCGGUCAGUACGGAUGACGCCCAGCUCCAGCACUACCGAGCCGAUUGUGUUCGUACGCUGAAAAAGAGCUGCGAAGAGUUCAAGGAGAAUCAGGUCCGUGAUACCACAAUAUGGAAGUACAAGGAUGAACUGAUUCAGCGCACCCGCCGCACGCUGGAUCUGCUGGGCUUCUUCCGGCCAUCGACGGCCGUCGGGGGCGUGGGUCGCGGGAAGGACUCCCUGUACAAGCGGUGAUUGUUGCAGAAGCUUAGGCAUAUGUUUAAUCUCUAGUUACGUUUGUUCAUUUAUUCGAUUGACCAACGGGGUCCGGGUUCCGGCAGGCCAUCUCCGAGCUAUCUUCCUAUCCCUACCGACGCCGCUCCCGAACCGGAACGGCAGUGCUGUGACCUGCGACGCCGGUGAAAGCGUCAUUAACCGCUCCACCCUCCCAAUUUCUGGUUCAAUCCGAAUAAAUGAACGAUCGAUUCGAAGUAUAGAUGGAAGCACAAUGCUAUUGUCGUAGCGUCAUGGCGUGUGCAGACUAAUUCCCAUUAUGUAUUAGAACUAUUGCAAUCAAAUCUACUACUACUACUACUUAGACAAGUCAACAAACACAUACAUAUAGCAGGAAUCGAUUCAAAAUCAAUGUUUUUCUUCUCUCAUCGGGUAAACCGCUAAAACACGGAGCUGUGUGAUUUCUUAUUAACUACUGUAAGCUAGCUACUGUUAACCACUACUACCAUAUUUUACACUUACUCUACGGUAAGUGAGCGAAAAGUCCAAGGCAAAACAAACAAAAAAAAAAGAAUGUUGGACAUGUUUGUAUCAGAUAACAGACCAUUUAUUAUGAUUAGCCAGUGUGCCUUUUGUUAGCUGCUACUAUAUGUCUCUUCCUGUGGGAUCUGUUGAGCAAUUUUCCGAGUGGCUUUCCGGUUGAUCAAUUAAGUCGGUUAUAGACCGAUUGUAUUGUUUGUAAAUAUGAGUUAACUUCGGUGCCGAAUUUGUUUGAUAUCAUGUUAUUUUUUUCGAUUAUUCACCUUCACAAAACUUUUUCAAAAACACUGCGCGAAACAGUCAAAUUCGACUCAUUCACGAAGAAAAACUGUUUCUGGUAUCAACCUAGUUAAAAGUCGAUCAAUUUUUUUGCGGAUAUAACACCAGCAGAACGCUUGGAAAAAUUGACCAAGUAUUUCGUAAACCUGAUACGCAAAAAAACCGAAUGUAGAACUUAAAGCACAAUAAAACGGUUCCCAUGCAGAGCCGUAGUGAAAAUUUCUGGCGCCCGAGACUAACUCUAGAUAUUUUAUUUUUGAUAAGUUUUUUAGACCAUGCAAAAGGUUUUAUGAAAGCUUCAAAAACGACCCAAAAACUAUUAUAUUACUUGUAAAAAGAGAAAUUGAAUAUAGCUGUCAUCAGCGAUGCCAGAUCGUGCGCACUGAAUUUCCGUAUUCCAUCUUGUGUCGAAGUGGUGGCAGAGGAGAAAAAAUAUGUAUAAAUCCGUAUAACUUAUUUUACAUCUGUUUUUUUUUUUUUGGUUUUUCAACAAAUUUUUGAAUUUAUUUAUCACGAAAAAAUUACAGGUUUGUGUACGAUACACGACCGAUCAUGAUGACAUUAGAAUGCAAUUUUCCAACUUUCCCAUUAACAGAUUUAAAUUUGAAAAAUGUGGAACAACCAGUUAAGGCAUUUUGCCUAGUUUACAAAAAAAAAGUAACAAGGUUUCCUAUCUACUAUUCAUUAUUUCUACGAUUUGGUCUCAAUUUUUCAUUUAUUUGUUUCCUGGAUAUAAUUAGAUCAAUUUUUUGGCAGUUUUCAUUGUUGAAGCGCAGCAUUAUAUUAACAGGAUCAUUUUUAGCAUAAUUUGUCUUAUAUUUUUUUCCGAGAAUAUUUGACGACUUCUAAGAGGCGGCCAGGAGCAUAAAAUGUUAGUUGUGAAAACAAUAUUUCCGUACUUGUUGAAAAACAAUGUCGUUUAUAAUAAAGCAUUGCAGCUUUGCGGCGUUCUUCGAGUGUUUGUAAGUUUAUAAGCAUACAACGCGCCUUAUAUGAUGGAAAAGGAAAUGUAGUCCAGUUUAGUUUACGAAACGCAUACGGUAGAAAUUGUUUUUGAACUGAUUCGAUGCGUUCUACGUGUACGGAGGUACAUGGGUUCCAUACUAUGCUGCAGUAUUCCCAAAUUGGCAUGACAUAAGUUGUAUAUAAUAAUUUUAUUGUGUAAGAGUCCUGAAAUUUAUGACUGAAACGUUUAAUGAAGCCUAACAUACUAUUUGCUUUAUUGACAAAUGUAUUAAAAUUCACGAAAGUAAGUUUUGAGUAUAAAAUUACGCCUAGGCCUCUAAUAAUUUCAUAUUUUUCUACUGAUUGGUUUCGUAAAUAUAUAUCAAUAAAAGGAGACAUGGUUUUCUACAAAAUGAUAUUGAACUAAAGCUGAGAAUUUUAGGAAGUUAGAAUCUUCAGUUACUAAUAUAUCAUCAUCAAUGGCACAUUUUUUAUGAAAAAGAAGUAUCUAUGAUUAUUUUUAUAACACAACUUUGAAUGGAAUCCAUUAGCAAGCCAUCGUUUCGCUAGAAAUUUGAGUUUCCCGUAUACGGACGACCCCAUCGACAAAUCAAUUCAUUUUCAAGUUACAAUAUUCACGUAAUGCUUUCAAAUCAAGUUAAACGUGACAAAUCCAUCAACAAAUCACCGAAAUACAAGCGCUAUAAAUUGGCUGCUAGUUACUGGAGAAUCAACAGCUGAUCGGUAUUCAAUAUGCUCAAGCGAACAUGCUAUGCAGCAGACGGAAAAUGGCAUCCAUACACCGCGUAAAUGUGUCUAUCCAGCGAGCGAAUGGGUGUAACUCUGUUUUGUCACCCAUUCACUAGACAAGCUACAUGUUUCGCUCGCACGCAGACAGUCUAAACACAAACACAGACAGACUAAAGGAUGACAUCAUUAUGGCAUGCUGUGAUUGGCUUGUGAAAACAUAGGUCAAUUCAAAUUAAUUUUUCAAUAGUACUAUUAGCUACUGAAAAGUCAUGUUGAAGUUAAAUGUUUCCGUAUCGAUUGGUUGUUAAAUUAUAUCAAUCUCGAAACAAAUGACUGAGUUAUUAUCGUUCAAAUUUAUGACAUAUACUACAAACUUUAGGGGCAUUCUGUAAGUUCAAGAGUUACUUAGUUCUGCUUAGUUCAACUUGCGCAUGUUUUCAAUUAUUUAACCCAGUGAAAGUCGAUUUUUCAGAAGAAGAAUUUUUCGAGACGACACUAGAUCUCUACGUUUCAGCCAAUUCUAAGUGAUUUUUCAAGAUCGAAAAUUUUCAAACUUUAACCACCGGGCGGCACCGUUCACUCAUAUCCGAUUCAGUUCAAAUUUUGCAUGGGUAUCUUUUUAGGUGCUUUAACUUUUGAGCGCUGUCGAUUUACGAAAUUAAAUAGCAUGAAACACUACAAGGAAUAGUUCGUUGGGUUGCUCGAACUGUUGACGUAGGACUACACAACUAUUGUCAAAAUCACGGUUGGUUUCUGUUUUCAACAUUUAGGAAGCAGUUAUCUUUUGUGUUCCUCAUAUCCUCAAUAGUAUAGCGAUGAAAUGUACUUUCGAUAUUAUUGCAGAAUCUUUCAUUUCCUGAAAAGUACCGUUAGUUUGUUUAUGUUAGUGAUGAGGGGUGUUGUGUCAACAUAUUUCAAUUAAGAACGAAAUGCUAGUCAUGCAAUGAUUCUGAACGUUGAGAAUCGGUUGCGAAGUCUGUUGAAACAGAAAAGCCAAAUUUCUCAAAAGGAAUAUGCCAAGACUUUGUUUUGCCUUUUACGGACAAGUCUAUUUAACUUCGAUGUAUAAUGUCACCCCUGAAAAAUAAUCAUCCAAAUCACUCAAUGAUCGAGGUCGUUCAGCAUCUCGAAUGGGAAAAAUCAGCAGAACUCCGACAAAAAUCAUUGUUUCUCGAGCAUGGCGAACGGCGCAUAAAAAUCCACAGAAGGCUGAUGAUCAUGAAAUCCUUUUCCACGGCAUAAACGAACCGCACAUAAUACAACACUAAUUUCGAUUGUGUAAAGAAAAAAAAAAGCCUUGGUAUUACAUUCCUGUAGCGGAAUUUGACCUUCUGUUUCAACAGACUUCGCAGCCGAUUCAGAGUGUACAGAACCAUUGCAUGGCUGGUGCUACGAUUCUACUGACACUACGAAUCCUUCCAGGUCGGGGCUCGAACAUACAACUGGUUUGUAAGACCAGCGCCCUAUGCAUUGAACCGCCAACCCGGGACUUUGUGUGUAAAGAAGCUCAGUUCAAAUAAAGCUGUGAGUACGCCUUGUUCAAAAUGGAAAAUUGUACAUUGUUCGUUACGUAUUACAGUUUCGACCACCAUAAUCCAUUUCAAAUAUAUAGUUUUUUUUUUCUAUUUGAAUCUAUGUGACCCGACCACUUUUUGCACGUUUUUUUCUUCGUAUUUUGAAUUCGCAUUCUUAUACAAUAUUCAAAGAGUAGUCCUACGUCAAAACGUGCGAUAUCAGUGCAGUGAAUUUGAAUAGACUUGGAUCUCCAAAUAGCCAAUUCUCGGAAAUGGUAAUGAAGGGGAUUUCCCGGUGGCUUUCAGAAAAUCUAAUUUUUCCUCUUCAAAAGAUUCGCAGGUUUACUCUGUGCGAAUUAGAUCUUUGGAAGAUCCAAUCGUACAUACACAAUCGAGAAUCUCAAUCGCCUCACCCUCAGUACGGCACUGAGUGUAUGAUAGAUUCAUCUCGGAAUGUGUUUGCAAUAGAAUAUUAGGAGACAAUUUACAAUUCCAGAUAGAUAGCCAUUGUGACACAACGCAAAAGCAGUUUUCUCCGGUGUCGUUGAACGAAAAUUCAAGUUUCGUUCAUAUUCCUAAACAAAAUCACGUUUAUCUUCUAGCGAUAGCGGAAAGAACUGUUUUUGAGUCAUUCAACAAUGGCGGUGGAAAUCAAUUGUAACUUUAACUAUUCGGUGGAUCAUUAAAUUCGGAAUCAAUUUCUUACAAAUAUAUUCCAGAAGCAGAACAUUAACAACCAAGUUUAACGAGUUAGUUCGUGCACUGAACACUGUAUUGAGAUUCAGUGCCGCUAGGUCAUGUUCAAAAAAUUGUGUCAGGCUUAAAAAUGUAUCCUGUACCUCAUCUGUACUUUAUUUGAACCAGAAAAUUGUGACCGGGGUCAUUGAAGUGAGCAAUAAAAAAAAUACCACAAUUCACCAUUUCUACACAAGCCAAAACCAAAAAAUCGGUUUUUAUCUGUAUGAAUAAUGAAUAAUCGGUAUUUUAAAGAUUACAAUAUCCCAUACAUCCAAAAAUUUUGGAUCCGUAAUCCUGAACCAGUAGACUCAGUAAUAGUGUAAUUUUUUGACCCUUCAAAAGGCGUCGACAAGCUCCGGCAGAAUGCCAUGGAAACUACACAAGUUAGCAGAGAUGCCAGGUCUGCUGAUUUGUGUGCAAAUCUGCAGAUUUCUUAAAUAGUGCUGCAGACAUUGUUUGUUGCAGACUUUUUUUUUUUUGCUCACCGAGUCAGAUUAGCGUAUCAUACCCUGAAGCCUGCAGACAUUUUUUCGGAUUGACUGACUUUUGCAAUCCUGUUCGAAGAUAUUGGAUAUUUUUACCGGGCAGAAAGAAAGUAAACAUAUGUAUACAUCCAGCACAAAAUGAUCUGUUGCUUCCAUUGACUUUAAUGUUGGGAAGAGACAAUAACAAACCAAAUAAAUUCUAUCCAAUAAUUGAAAGUAAUUUUUACUUGAUAUUUUUCCGAACAUGAACAUACAUUGUCCUAGUUACAACGCAUGUAGUGAUCAGAUGCUUGUUGUUUUGCUUCAAAUAAUGAUUGAACUGUAGCUGAUAGUGAACGGAGUUCUCAUCGAGGGUUCCUAUUAGGUUUUGCACGAACAUGACAUAACCUCACAAAAAUGAACAGAAUGAACUUUUUUUGACAGCCGCGUGUUUGUUUACAGCUUAAAAGUUCAUUAGACGUUCAUCGUUUGAAUUUAAAAAUUGCAAGUCGCCUCACACUAAACAGAUUUAUACAAAUAUCGCUCCUUGAUGCUGGAAACGUAUACAAAGCAAUCUUUUUAGUUCUUUUCACUGUGAAAAACGUUUUUAACAGGCUUUUUUUUGUCAUUUUUCAAUUUUUAUAUUGGCAGUCGCAAAACAAAACAAACACAUGGCAGCUGUCAAAGAUGAUCAUGAUUCAUCGGCAGUUCAUUUGUGUCGUCAUCGUGUAAAACCUAAUUAGGUUUUGCACGAACAUGACAUAUCCUCACAAAAAUGAACAGAAUGAACUUUUUUUGACAGCCGCGUGUUUGUUUACAGCUUAAAAGUUCAUUAGACGUUCAUCGUUUGAAUUUAAAAAUUGCAAGUCGCCUCACACUAAACAGAUUUAUACAAAUAUCGCUCCUUGAUGCUGGAAACGCAUACAGGGCAAUCUUUUUAGUUCUUUUCACUGUGGAAAACGUUUUUAACAGGCUUUUUUUUGUCAUUUUUCAAUUUUCAUAUUGGCAGUCGCAAAACAAAACAAACACAUGGCAGCUGUCAAAGAUGAUCAUGAUUCAUCGGCAGUUCGUUUGUGUCGUCAUCGUGUAAAACCUAAUUAGGUUUUGCACGAACAUGACAUAACCUCACAAAAAUGAACAGAAUGAACUUUUUUUGACAGCCGCGUGUUUGUUUACAGCUUAAAAGUUCAUUAGACGUUCAUCGUUUGAAUUUAAAAAUUGCAAGUCGCCUCACACUAAACAGAUUUAUACAAAUAUCGCUCCUUGAUGCUGGAAACGUAUACAAAGCAAUCUUUUUAGUUCUUUUCACUGUGAAAAACGUUUUUAACAGGCUUUUUUUUGUCAUUUUUCAAUUUUUAUAUUGACAGUCGCAAAACAAAACAAACACAUGGCAGCUGUCAAAGCUGAACUUGAUUCAUCGGCAGUUCAUUUGUGUCGUCAUCGUGUAAAACCUAAUUCAAAUGAUACGUGAGAAAUCGCAAAGUUUAUUUUUGGUAAUUCUUUAUAGAAAUACCGGUAUAAAUACUGGUGAAUCGGCAUAUCUGCCAACGUUGAUUAGAUUGCUAAGAACCAGAUCCUAUAUUCUCUUUGACUUCUUCAAAAGAUCGCAGCUUCUAGCAAGAAAGCCUCUUUUUGUUUACUUCCACUCAGUGCGUUAAAAUUUCAUUUUCUAUCGAAUGAUAUCAGAUGAAAAUGAAAUUUAUGGCCACUGACCGUCAGCAUAUCGAUACAAAUUCGUAUGACUUUUGUCUCCAUUUUCAAGUGAAGCCAUUUUCAGUUGAAUAAUCGUACCUAGUAAUUUGAAGUUUUGCUUGCUCAGUUUCAAGUACCAAGUAGUCAAGCUGCUUCAUUGUCUUCGCUCUUGGUAGUGAGCAAGUUCGAAUGAAUAGAAUUAUAAAUGGAGUAAAGUAUAGAAAAUGAGAAAACUAUUAAUUUAUGUGUAUUCUGUAAUUGAUAUUUCAGCUACCUGGUUUGUCUUUCAUCUAUUAUCUUGAACCAAUUCGAAUGUUUACAUAAACCUCAUUUGAAAGCCGCUCUAACACUAUUGAAAUAGAUAUUUUGUUACUUCAAGAGAUCAAUUGACGGUGGUUAGACUGAGCUUUGAUUUGAAGAUAAUCGAUUGACGAACUGAAUGCUGCCCGUUCGGUACGUCAGCGAACGUUGUGUGUGACAGAGUGUGAAAUUUACUGCUGUAGAGAGAUCGUCAGUGUGUUUCACAUUCGGUUUCAAUUGAAUUGAGUGAAGUUUUACUGCACUGCUUCCAUUGUCGAUUGUUGUGACGCGCUUAUUAGGAUUACCACAUGUUCAAGGUACAGUUUUAAGUAAAUAAAGAAAGUUAUCAAUGAAAAAACAACUUUUGGAAGCGAUAUUCUGAAAAAGUCGUCAAGAAAUAUUCUCACUCCCAGUGAAUUUGGUCGAGCCGCAUCGUAGCCCGAUUAUCCGCCCGGUAUAGGACCGUCAUCGUCACCUCCAAACGCAGCGCCAGCGUGCUAAAAAAGCUAUCACUAACGAACGAGACACAACGUUAUCGUCAAUUUUAUUCGAAACUAGGAAUAAAGGAUUUCACAAAUUAUUCGAUUAUUCAAGUAAAAAUUAUUCGAUUCGAUUAUUCGAGUAAAAUUGGUAAACUAAUCGAUUUAAUUUUUAAUCGAUCACUCGAUAAUUUAUUAAUUAGUUUAAAAAUCAAAAAUUAGUUUCAAACGAAACUAUUGAAUAUUAUUCGAUUACCUGGGUUAUUAUUCGUUUACUCCAUCAAUCGAGUGAUAUUCCGAAAUCCCUAUUCGAAACGCAAUCAUGAGUUUCGAACAGGAUUCCACCGAAGCUCAAAAUUACUAGGUCUUGUUUUUUUUUCAAAGCAUGCUAUUCCAAUAUCGCUUAAAAUGAACAAACAAAUUCACAUUCGAUUUUUGCGUCAAUCGAAAACCCCCAAACGGAAAAUUGUUCAACAGAUCUCCAAAGCACCAAUUUGUUAAAACUCGCAGAGUUCACCUACUCUCAAACCGUUGCUAAUCAAGUUCACGUUCAUUAUCGCAUAGAUUUACUACACUUCCUAGCCCUACUGUUAAAUUCUGUAGAAGUAGAAUGCAAUUGUAUAGUCAUAUAGCUUUAGCAAGAUGAUGUUCGUUUUCGGUACCUACAUUUAAAUCCAACGCAAGAGAACUGCUGCUCAUCAUAGACUAUCAGACUCCGACAAUCGAGCGGGUCCUACAGCGGUGCGGGCAAAGCUCGCCGCCGGAGCGUCAGUGAAACGCCUGCUACGAUCAAAGCAUGUAUACAAUUAUAGCAGCCAAGCUACCAACUGUCAAAUCAUACACAGUAUAUUAAAUUGCACCUACCAGAGCGCAUCACGGAAACAGGCAUCAGCCUUUAGUCAUACACAAAUACGUCAUAAUAAAUAUAGGACGAAAUCGAACAAUUAGAUGAAAAUAAAAUGCUUACCGUUAGUGGUUAUUUUAUUGCUGUAAAAAUCUCUCCGCCUAGGCGCAUAGUUUAAUCAGAUUUAGGGUAGCAAUCUUUGUUGAAAAUUGAAAAUUGAUAACACAAAACACGUACGGUGAAACUUUAGCUAGGAUGUUCCAAUGUAACAAUCGUAUUCUGUAUAUAUUGAAGACUGAAUUUGAACUGUACCAACCUAUGAAGAGAGCGAGAGAGAGAUAGAGAGAGAAAAAAGAGGAAACGGAAACCUAUUGUCUAAGUAAAAGUUGUGAACGUGAUCCCUGAGCUGAUGAAUCUGUAGUUUGUAGUAGCUGUAAAGUAAUUUAUUUCCACUGUUUUAACCCUGGGGUCACAACGGAGAGCAAAAGGUGUCUCUAGAGAAGUCAGCGAAACUCGACACCAGAAUGUUUCGAAAAUCCACCGCGAAUUGACACACCAUUUCGAGAGAUCUGAUCGAAUUCACGGUCAAUUCGAUUACACGGUAUCGAACCCAUCCUGAUUAAGUUUAGCUUUCAAGCCACUGAAACCUAUGCACUUAAUUCGUUCCGGUUCGGUCGGACUAAACGCAUUUUGCAAUGCCUACUCAUUUCAUGUACCAGUUGUCGCCUUUCCUGUCAUGUCACAAUUAAUGCAAUAUCAGUUUUACUUUGCUAUAACGCAGGCACAGUGAAUAGAACAAAAAAAUAUAUAUAUUUAAUUGAGAUUUCUUUUAAAUCACAAUCGAAACAGGCAAACUGGUAAACGGUUCUGUUUGGUAGGUAACACAUUGGAAAAACGAAAAAAAAACAAAUAACUGCGGAAUAUGAAUAAACAGGUUCAAGAAUUGUGAACGUAGAACGAAUGCGAAAUAAAGUCAUAUAUUGCGAAAAAUGUAA